CUCCUCCUCCUCUUGGGAAGAGAGGGUACGAUGGCGACGGCGGCUAGCCCGGCAGUGGUGGUAGAGGUGAGCGUGAGCAGCACCGGGAGCAGCAGCAGCGACACUUCCAGCACGGGCGAGGAGGAGAGGAUGCGGCGCCUCUUCCAGACGUGCGAUGGGGACGGCGACGGUUUUAUCAGCAGGAAUGAUUUGCUGAUGGUGUGUCGCCAACUGAACAUGGAAGAAUCUGUGAUUGAAAUCAUGCAUCAGCUUGGUGCAGAUGAACAUGGAAAAAUUUCCUUUCAAGAUUUCACACGAUGUCGUAUGCAGCUUGUGCGAGAAAUCAGAAAGGAAGAAGUGGAACUUUCUGUGAAAGUGGAUGACCCAUGUAAAAAGAAAACAUUAAGGGAUAGAAUAGCUUCAUGGCCAACCAGCAGCAAUAACAGUUUAGGUGCCCUUUCUGGAGCUAGAGAGAGUUGGGAAUACGAUUCUGGAGCUAGAGAUCUUCAAAGCCCUGAUUUGCAUAGUUGUUCAAUUUUACAAAAGCCAUUUGAAUAUGGUGGGAAUACUAUGAAUCAACAAGUUGUCCUUCAAAGAUUGCUUACACAGGCCACCAAUCUAAGCAAUUCAGUCGGAGGAAGUUAUCUAGAACUUGCCAACACUUUCCACUUAGCAGCCCUGGCAUCUUUGAAAGGCGACAUCGUUGAUCUUAAUAAGCGCUUACAGCAAACAGAACGAGAGAGAGAUUUGUUGGAAAAGAAAUUGGCAAAAGCCCAGUGUGAGCAAUCUCACCUAAUGAGGGAGCAUGAAGAUGUGCAAGAGCGUACAACGCUUCGUUAUGAGGAACGGAUCACAGAGCUUCAUAGCAUUAUUGCAGAGCUAAAUAAGAAAAUAGAUCGACUGCAAGGAACUACUAUAAGAGAAGAAGAUGAAUAUUCUGAACUGCGAUCAGAACUUAGUCAGAGUCAACAUGAGGUCAAUGAUGAUUCACAUAGCAUGGACCAAGAUCAGACCUCUGCUUCACUUCCAGAAAACCAGUCAACUAUUGUCACAGCUGACAUUGAUACCUGUAGUGACUUAAACUCUGAAUUGCAGAGAGUGCUGACAGGACUGGAGAAUGUUGUCUGUGGGAGAAAGAAGAGCAGCUGUAGCUUGUCUGUGGCAGAUGUUGACAGGCAUAUUGAACAGCUCACUACUGCCAGUGAACACUGUGACUUGGCCAUCAAGACAGUUGAGGAGAUUGAAGGUGUGCUUGGCCGAGAUUUGUACCCAAACUUGGCUGAAGAAAGGUCACGAUGGGAGAAGGAACUAGCAGGUUUGAGGGAAGAGAAUGAAAGCUUAACGGCUAUGCUGUGCAGCAAGGAAGAAGAAUUAAACAGAACUAAGGCCACCAUGAAUGCUAUCCGCGAAGAACGAGACAGAUUACGCAGAAGGGUCAGAGAACUACAGACUCGAUUACAGAGUGUCCAGGCAACAGGGCCAUCAAGUCCAGGUCGCCUCACUUCUGCAAACCGUCCCAUUAAUCCUAGUACUGGAGAAUUAAGCACCAGCAGCAGUAGUAAUGACAUCCCCAUUGCUAAGAUUGCAGAGAGAGUGAAGCUUUCAAAGACAAGAUCAGAAUCUUCAGCAUCUGACCGUCCUGUCCUGGGAUCAGAAAUCAGCAGCAUAGGAGUAUCCAGUAGUGUGGCAGAACAUUUGGCACAUUCUCUUCAAGACUGUUCCAAUAUUCAAGAGAUUUUCCAAACACUCUACUCACAUGGAUCUGCUAUCUCUGAAAGCAAAAUUAGAGAAUUUGAAGUAGAAACAGAACGGUUGAACAGUCGCAUCGAACACUUAAAAUCUCAGAAUGAUUUAUUGACAAUAACUCUGGAAGAGUGUAAGAGCAAUGCUGAAAGGAUGAGCAUGUUGGUUGGAAAAUAUGAAUCCAAUGCCACAGCCCUCCGCUUGGCAUUGCAAUACAGUGAACAGUGCAUUGAAGCCUAUGAGCUGUUGCUAGCAUUGGCUGAAAGUGAACAGUCUCUCAUUCUUGGACAAUUCAGAGCUGCAGGUGUUGGGUCUGUCGGGGAUCAAACAGGGGAUGAAAGCAUCACCCAGAUGCUUAAAAGAGCCCAUGACUGUAGGAAAACAGCUGAGAACGCAGCCAAAGCCCUGUUGAUGAAAUUGGACGGAAGCUGUGGGGGAGCCUACGCAGUUACUGGCUGUAGCGUACAGCCCUGGGAGAGUCUUUCUUCCAACAGUCAUACCAGCUGUCUCCCCCAACAGGAAGAAAUGGCAGAGCUGAAAGCACAGCUGUACUUGCUAGAAAAAGAGAAGAAAGCUCUCGAGUUGAAGCUGAGCAGUCGAGAAGCUCAGGAACAAGCAUAUUUGGUCCACAUUGAGCACCUAAAGUCAGAAGUAGAAGAGCAAAAAGAACAGAGAAUGAGAUCGCUUAGCUCAACUAGUAGCAAUAGCAAAGACAAGUCAAGUAAGGAGUGCACAGAUGGCACAUCAGCAUCAUUAACACUAACUGAGCUCAGAUCUUACAAUGAAAGUGAGCUGACUACAGAAUUGGCAAAUGCCCUCAGACGAGAAAAGAAACUGAAAGGCAGAGUGCAAGAGUUGGUGAGUGCCUUAGAAAGACUAACUAAGAGCAGCGAAAUUCGGCAUCAGCAGUCUGCAGAAUUUGUUAAUGACUUGAAAAGAGCAAACAGUAACCUUGUUGCUGCCUAUGAGAAAGCAAAGAAGAAGCACCAAAACAAACUGAAGAAACUGGAAUCCCAGAUGAUGGCAAUGGUGGAAAGACAUGAGACUCAAGUCAGAAUGCUCAAACAAAGAAUUGCUUUGCUGGAAGAAGAGAACUCAAGACCCCAUACCAAUGAAACAUCCCUUUAAGAGAGAUUAGUUUUCUUUAAAUCCAUGUGCCAUUACAGAAAUGACUCUUUACAAGACUCAUUGAGAUAGUAGUUGUGAAAUUGAUACAAACCAGGCAAAGUUGGAGAUCAGUACCUCAUAGUGAGAUUGCAACUUCAACCAUACACAGCCAUGGGCAGGAGCCCCCAACCUAAUGUUUUUGUAUAAUUGAGCAUACUCAGUGCCUGAUGGUAAAUGUAUCAGUUUAUCACGUUUCCAAUGUAAUAGUUUUACUGAUAUUGUUACAGAUUCUCUUAUAAAUUUCGAAUUUGUAUAAGUAAAGUAUAUUCCUCUUCUCUUAAUUGUUGAAUGCUCUCUUUGGAGUAUACCAUAACAAUGAAGCAAUGCUGGAGCACCAGUGCAUUCAUAGCUAUCAUUUGGAUAAUAGCAUUUCUUUUCCCCUUUUCUUUUGUCGUUCAUUCUGCAUUCUCCCUUAUAAAGCAAAGCAGGUAUCUGUAGCCAGCCUCAAGGUACAUAGCAGAUCAAGCCUUAGCACACAACUGGAUUUUACUCUUGCUUUUUCAGGUGAUGGGAAAUCACAAUAAGUACUGCACAUAUAUAGUUAUUGCAGUGAUGAAGGUGUAAGUUGCUGAAUAGCUGUUGUAACUCAAAUCAAAAGGAAGAUAUAGUGGAAAGGUGAUUUUAAAUUGAGCUUUUGAAGACUAAAUUAGUUCUAGCUUUUUGCUUCUCAUUAAAUAGCAGUAAGAAUACGCGCAAUGAAAGAAUUAUAUGUCAAACCAACUGGAAUAACUUCUUUCACACUAUAACUAUUUUUCUGUCUGAUACUGCAGUGUCGUUUUUAGGAUGUGCCCACUGAAAAUGCCCCAGAAUUAUCCUGUUGCAUGGUUUGGUAAACCUGCAGUUGGCCACAUCAGUCAGUCAUGCGAAUAGAAUCCAUGGUAAUUCUGAGGCUAACCAUCUAAAUCUAACCAUCUAAAUCUAAAUCUAACCAUCUAGUGCAGUAUUUCUCAAAUAUGGCAAUUGUAAGAUGUAUGAGCUUCAUCUCCCAGAAUUCAUCAGUUUGGGAAACACUCAUCUAUUAUCUAAAGACAAGCUAUUUCACUGCUGCUAUCCGUCACAAAUAAGAGGUUGUUUGUAGCAGUCAGGCAUUUAUAAAAGAGACGAAGGAGUAUAUUGCUGGACAAUUUCUAAUCCUUUGCACUCCGUUAUAAAUUACUUGAGUGUUGCAAAAUAUUCUAGAAUGGUCUGUGUAGGAUCUUAGGUGAGAGAUCCAUAAAACUACGGUAACUAUAAUUCAGUGAUUUAUUUCCAAAAUAACAAAAUUCUACCUUCCUCAUUUUACUUUUUUAUUUUCUGAUUGAAACCAGCAUAAAAUGUUAAGGAAUGUGCCUGAGUAAAAGAAUGUAAAUGUACUUCCAAAAAAUGUUAUGGGAACAUUUCCAGCGGGGAUCAGUUAUGAUGCUAAUACUGUCCACUUAGCUCAGUAAACCGUAUCAAUUAGAAUUACAAGAGAAUGCAGUAUUAUGUCCCUUAAAUUUUAAAGCCUUUUUAAAUUGAAUUGUCUUUCUAUUCUAUUUUUCUUUUGUGAUAUAGCAUAAGUGCAGCAAUAAUUCUUUUUUCUUUAGUCUGCUGUAUAGAUAUUGGACAUUAAUCUUUUAAGGAUAAUCCUCAAUCGUGCCAGAUGCUGUGCUGUGGUGACUUCCUCUUAGAAUGGUUUCUCCUUGUACUGAUUCUUGGAAAGACUACAGUAAGACCAAUAGUCCUAUCAAUCUCUUCUUAGUCUUUUGAGUGUUCUUUCAUUUAAUCUUUGUAGGCAAUUUAAUACCCUUUUCAAUCAAAAUGAAAUUUUUCUUGCUCCUCUCUUUUAUAGUGAAGAUCAGCACCUAACCAUGUUUUCAAAUGAACCAGGUUAGCUAUUAAUUAGAAACAUUACAUUAUCUCAACUUGGAGCCAAAUAAGAACCAUGUAAAAUUUAUUUAAAAUAAACCCUGUGCGUUUGAAUCUGGUAUAGACAGAACAUUCCAGAUUGCCAUUUCCAAAUGUGGAGUUUUUGUACCAUGCAGGAAGCUCUUGCCUCAUGAGUAUCUGAACUGAUCUCUAUGACAGGUUUGGGAAGAAAAGUAUAGGAAAGAAAAACACCCCCUGAAGUUAGCAUUGAUUAUAUCUUUUUCAUCCAAUAGAGAAAAAUGGCCUUCUGCUCACCAACAUGAUCAUGACAGAUAUUGACUGUGAUAUCCUUCGCCCAUGAUUCUCCCCGUCUCCAUGUGAUACCCAGGGUAUUGCUCUGCAACUUAUUCACAUUAGACUUCAUUUGGGCCAGUUUUCUUGCCUUUUUCCUGCUUAGCAUUUUUCAACAUAGUACAUCUGUUUUACAAUAAAUGCUAUGAUUGUUGGGCAAAACUACACCAACUCCCAUUAUCCAAGCAAAUCAGAUAUUUAUAAGCAAGAUUUUUCAUGGAAAAUAUAGUAAAAAGUGAGGGGAAUUCAUCUCUCUGAUUCCUUUUCUUUUCACAAAUUGUAAACCACAAGUAAUUCUGAAAAAAGAUUAUUCAUUCCCAUUUUAAAAUUUCUUAUUGCAUGAUUUAGUAUUUUUAUCAUUUUACUUAGAGUAGUCUAAUUGUCUCAAUCAUUCUGGGUUUUAAUUUGUUUUUUGAUUAGCAAUAAUUCUUAUUAGAAAUUGCUAAUUUGAAAAAUAUGUACUUCUGGUACAUGGAAGUAAUUUAUUUCAUUCACUUUUUUUCUAUCUACCAUAGUUAGAAAUCUUCAAAACUGUACUGUGAGCUACAUUAUACAUUCCAUACUUUACUUAUAAUUCUUAACCUAUUUUAGCUGACAUACCAUUCAGCUAAUUUUCCAUAAGGUAUGGUUCAAAGCACUUUUAAAAAUAAGGUGAGACUUGUAACAAGGAAAUGCAAAUCUGACAUUUGAACUGCAACUGUGGAGGAUGGCAAGCUGUAGCUUAAUCAUGUAAACACUAAAAAAUGCAUACUGAAUACUAUACAUCAAGUCUUUCAAAAUAUAUUUGUUUCAAAAUUGUCUAUUUUCAGCUUGUGUACCACAUCAAACUAUAUUUAAGGAAGCUGAAUUUGUAUAUUGAGUAUAAUGCUUAAAUUGAAGAGAAAUAAUAGCUAAGGCUAGAGUUCACAUCGUCAGCUUCAUCUAUGGAAAGGGAGUAAAUAGUCUGAACAAAAGAUUUGUAACUUAGUACUUUUUCACUUCCAUUCUUUAGUAAUCAUUAAGUAAUUUUUUGGCUUUAGUUAUCGGACUUCACAGAAUCCUUUACUACACUAAUGUAGGCAAGCUUGGAUGUAUGUCAGCUAAGAAGAAAUAACAAAUUGAUUGCAACUAAAUAAGGAUUGGAAUGUUUUGCCCUGCACUUCAUUCCCUACAGCUUUCCUAUAUCUGCCUUCUAAUACAAUUAAUAUAUUUCAGUGUUGCACAUUUUCCUAAUGAGUAUGUGAAGAAUAGGUGGCCAAAUGCAUACAGGAUGAGGAAAAUGAAGUUUAUGUACAUUCCUGUGUUCAGUUUACUUAGUCCUGUUUUAGCACGGGGUUGGACUAGAAGACCUACAGGCCGGGGACCUUCCCUAGGAUUCUAUGAUUCAAUUGGAGUUCAGAUGAAUCCCAGCAAAGCUACAGCAAAUGCACUAUUCAGAACAACAGGAAUACAUUGAUCAACUGAUGUGGUGUGGCCUUCAUUUUCCAACACUACCGCAUCAAAACUUUCUGCCAAACUAAGCAAAUCAGCCAGGAAGCUAGUCUUUGAUCAGCAUAGCUAUAAUUGCAUGUUUGAAAGUUAACCACUGAGAGCUCCUGUAGAUAUUAGAGCACCUCUAUAUACCAAUAACGUCUUCCAGCAGACUUUUUUUAUUGUGUUGUUCAUUUCCUGCAUAGGCAAACAUUUCUUUUCCUCUCUCAAAGGUAAGCAUGCUUUCUCUGCUCUAGGGCUAUUGUCAUCCUUUGGCAUAGAUAAUAGAUCACACUGGCAGGUUUUUCUGGAUUUACUGCUUUUGAUACCAGUUACAACAUUUUUCAAACUGCCUUAUCUAGGCUUUUGGGUUUUUUAUCCACAGUUGAUGGUGUCAGAUUCUUUUGAUUCCAACAUCUGUUACAAGAGCUAACUGCUUUUUAUCUGUUUUCUUGCUGGCUGGAUAGACAUUAUGUAGAUUGACUGAAAUGUUGCAUUCGGAUAUUAAAUGCCAAGGAUUGAUGACCCCGCUAAUCAUUAAACAUAAGAAUGUUUGAAUUUUCUUAUGAAAUGUUCUUACAAAAUAGGCAUUUGCAACUUCAAGACAUCUUAAGCAACGCUAUCAUUUUUAUCCCAAAAUAAAGUAAUAGCUUUUGUACCUCCAAGCUUUAGUAAACCCACUCAGAUGAGAAAAUAUAGUUCAUUACAUAUAGUUCUUGCAUUAGAUCUUUGGUUGCAUUUUUUUUUUACAAUUUUCAUGAUAUCAGAAUAGAAUUUGGGUGGCUAUAACAAAAAAAUCUACAGUAACCAAAUAUGAUGAGAAUGUCAGUAAAACAAACUAGUUUUCGUUUGCAUGUAGAUUAUAGAAGAUUGCUGGUUAAUUUGGAAAUGACAACAUAGAGACCAAUAGCAUGAAUUAUCCUGAUCUAGUUUGGCAGUUAGUUUCCAUAGUCUUGCUCAGAAAACCAGAGUCAGCCUUGUGUUGCUAACAAAUCAUAUGAUCAGGACAUACAUAGAUAAAAUACACUGACUAGCCUCUCUGUCCCUACAGGCAAAAGUGAUUGUCAGCACAUAUAAAUUAAAACCAUUACUCCAUAUCCCAGUAGAGUUAUGAAAGAAUGUUAACUUAAAACAGUUCACUACAAACCUUCAUGGUAUUUCAUUCCAAAUUUGCCUAUGACAGCAUUGAUUCAACAAGCAUUAAAAGGCUUUUGAGUUAUCUACAAAGUCUAGUUUCAGUGCUUUAAUUUGACAUACUUUAUUUGAGCAUGUUAAUGGCUCUGAAUAAGAAAUAACUGAAUUAUAUUUACUAUGAAUUUUUAAAAAAAUUAAUCACAAG